UAAUUAUUUAUUUAAAACAUUAAAAUAAUAAUUUAUAUAAUUUAUAUAAAACAAAAAUUGUUAACAGUUCGAAAGUUUAUAAACAAGACAUCUGCUAAUUUUUAACUAAAAAUGAAUCUUCUAGUUGUAUUUAUCGUUUAUGCGACUUCGAUUUUUUUAACAGUGGUGUGUGGUGAAAAAACUAGAGAAGUUUACAUGGAGAAACACGGUAAAGUCCAAGACCUAGAAACCUCAGCUUCGGGAUACAUAUACAGGACGGAUGGGCAAAACCCUCCGAUAUUAAUUAAGCUUGGAGAAGGCAACAAUGAAAACUUCAAUGCCAUACUGGAAAAUUUCAAAAAGGAAAACGGCUUUCACGGCAUGCCUGUGGUCGGUGGUAAACACGAAUCGCCAUACCACAUACCAGUCGUCGGCGAGGAGAGGGCUGCAGUCCACUACAACAGCGGUCGCAGCAUCGACGGCGGCGGUUACAAGCCAAGUUAUCGUUUCGGUGACCCAAUGGCAGACGACUUUGAUGACGGAAAGUACGGGCUGGAUGACGUGGAAGACUCGGCGGCGCCAAUAUCGGACGUUGGCGGAUAUAGUCUCGAUAACGACGAUUUCGGCGACGCAUUUGACUUCGGACCGUCGCCGUUCAAGUACCACCGUGACGUGUCCUCCGACGGUCUAAAAGGCGACGUGCACGGACUCGACGAUCAGAAUUAUUUCGGUUCGCCUUACACCCACAACGAGUACAAGUCCCCGAGCAAACACUCAAAGGCUGGAGGUUCGUACCAAAAGGCCGGCCAUUACUUCUCGCAGGGCACGCUGGGUGACAGCGGCUACAAGAACCAUCACGAAUUUGACAAGGGCCACGCCGGGAAAUAUGGCAAGGACGACCUGAAGAGCCACUACAAAAAGGCGUCCGGCCACAGCAACGGCCACAAGAGCGAGGCGGACCACUACGGCAAGCACAAGAGCGGCACGCACGGCGUCAAGGGUCACAAGUUCGGCGAGACCGAGCACCACAAGAAGGGGCACAAGACGACCGGCUUCCACAACGUGUACCACAAAGACGAGUACAACAAGGAACAGAAGUUCUACGACGACGCGCACAAGCACGGCAAAGUCGACAAGUACGGCGGCAAGCACAAGGACUUCUCGCAAAAGGACGGCGGCCACAAGCACGGCAGUCACCACGAGUCCGGUUACGACGAGGCGCACAAGGGCGCGGCCGGCCAGUUCGGGAAGGGCAGCUACUACGACGGCCACAAGGGCCACAGCGGCGAGUCCGGCCACAAAUCGCACCACGACCACAAGGCCGAGUACGAUACACUGUCCGACAACAAGAAGUACGGCGAACACGAGGCUGCGGGUGGCGACGACUUCUAUUGAGCGAUUAAGUGCGCGCGGCGACGACUUCCAAGUCUAUAAAUAUAGUAUUAUAAGUUAUUAUUCGCCAGCGCGUAACAUAACGCACGCACUUGGCGGAAGCAAACGCUUCGACUGCAAACUUCAGUGGCGUGUCCCGUGUGAUGAGGUUAGGUGUUGUAUCUUAUAUCGCCCCCCCCCCUAAUGCCUGUGUCUGGUAUUACCUACACGCAAUAUCGAUUAAAAUUUAUUAUUACUACUAUAACACCCAAUCCUCUGAGCACGCCACUGCAGACAGACUUACUAUAUUAAAUACCAUAAAACUUGGUAACUUAUAAUUAUUAUCAUCGUUGAUUUACGCCGACAAUCGUGUGUAGUGUAUGUGCAGUGUAUAUAAUAGUGUAUGUACUUAUAAAUUUACGUAUAUAUUAUGUUAUUUAUAUACAUAUUUUUUAU